AUGUGGGAAAGGCGACCUACAGUUGCCCUGUACUUCAAAGAAAACAAGGCAACAGAGAGGUGGGUGAUCUUUAACCGAAGAAUCAAUGAGCUAAAGGAGAUGGUAUCGGAUACUUGGGAGGUCCAGCAGGAGUCUGAGUCGACGCUGGAGUGUGAUCGAACAUUCUCCCUUUGUAAAGAUGGAACAGAAUGUGUCAGCUUUGAAUACCUGUGCGAUGGUGAUAAAGACUGUCUUGAUGGGUCUGAUGAGAUGGACUGUUCUGAAGUGUGUGAUGAACCAGGUACCUGUCCAUAUUUCUUCUUUGAAAUAACCCAAUUGCAGAUUUAUGAAAAGGCCAUAAGCUGUUUAUUUGGUCAGUUGCCAUCAAACCCCUUGUACUUACCCAAACAAGAUCUUCCUGGAACCAUGAUAAUCCAUUAUUCUAAUGUUUAUGGAAUGCUGGCUUUCUUUCCUCUAGAUGCCUAUAAAUGCCAAGAAGGGACCAUUUGUAUUCAAGGUCUUCUACGCUGUGAUGGUAUUGCCCAAUGUCCAGAUGAAUCUGAUGAAAUUAAUUGUUUUGAAGAAUCAGAAUCGUGUAGUCUCUGGUGUGACAAUCACCAGAGAUGUAUUCCAUCCCACUGGAUAUGUGAUGGCAGUGAAGAUUGUAAUGAUAAGACUGAUGAACGUGACUGUGACCAUAAAUAUCCACAGUUGUGGGUUUCGUUCACAAAUCCUUUUCUUUCAUUGCACAUUAGUGACUUUCUGCUAUUUCUUUUCUCUGCAGGGUGCAGCAGUGAUGACUUCACAUGUGAUGAUGGUCAAUGUAUUUCUUUAGCUUUCCAUUGUGAUUUGAAGUAUGACUGCAGGGAUAAAUCAGAUGAGCGCAAUUGUUUCAAACCAAAGAAAGUUCUCUGUAAACCUGACGAGAAAUUGUGUCCUGUCAGCAAAGAAUGCAUAAUAAAGGAGUGGUGGUGUGAUGGUUAUGUGGACUGUGGAGAUGGAAUGGACGAGCAGACUUGUGAAUCUUCAGAAAUCCAGUGCAGGGAAUUUCAAUGGAUGUGCAAUAAUACUCAAUGUAUUCCAAACUUUUGGCAUUGUGAUGGGCUGAAAGACUGCAAGGAUGGUAGUGAUGAGACAACAUGCCAGUCAAGACAAUGCAAGAGUUCCGAGCUAAAAUGUACAACAUCGGAGUGUAUCAACAUGAAUUUGGUUUGCAAUGGAAAGCCUGACUGUUCAGAUAUUUCCGAUGAGGGUGGCGAUUGUGACUUGCAUGAAUGCAUAAACUGUACUAAUAUAUGUUACAACACACCGAAGGGGCCGUUAUUGCAGAGCUGUGGCUGUCCAAAUGGUUUUAAACUUGUGCCUGAUUCGCACAGCUGUGUUGGUAUUGAUGAAUGUAAAGAACUAGCAACUAGACCUUGCAGUCAAAUGUGUGUAAAUAAGAAUGGCACCUACAGCUGCAGCUGCUACCCUCAUUAUCUACUAAACAAUGAUGGAAAGAGCUGUAAAGUAACAGGUAAGACCAUCCUCACAACAGUUAUCUACUUUGUCAUUGUUUGUGCAGUAGCAAAGCAGAUCAUAGGUUUUCUUAAGCUUAACAACUUUCUUUCACUUGUAGGUGCUGAGCCAGUUCUUCUUGCUUCUGAUUACCACGAUGUCCUUUUGUAUAGAUUACACGGUGGUAAAAAAGACAUUAUUUCAGCUAUUGCAAAGAGCAUCAUGUUCCCUCUGGAUUAUGAUUGGAAGGAACAAGUAAUUUUUUGGUCUGAUACUUAUUCUGAAAGUAUAAACUGGAUAAAAAUGGACCAGAAUGAUCAGGGGAUGCUGAUCAAAGGAAUCCAGUCUGAAUGUUUAGCUGUGGACUGGGUGGGCAGAAAUCUUUACUGGGCUGAAGGAGCUGCUGGUCGUAUUCUGGCAGUGAGCUUGAACUCCACAUGGCAUGAAAUCAAAGAACGUGUGGUUGUCAUUGACACUGCUAUUGAUCAACCUUGCUCUUUAGUUUUGCAGCCACUGAGUGGGUAUAGAUUAAUGUACUGGUCUGAGAUUGGGAGCCAACCACACAUUGAGAGAGCAGGCAUGGAUGGGACAAACAGAAAAGUAAUUAUCAAGCAAGGACUUGGAUGGCCAACCAGCUUGACACUUGACCUGAUUGAUUGGAAACUGUUUUGGGCAGAUGGAAAACUUCAUUGUAUUGGUGUGUCUAAUUUGGAUGGAACUGAGAUGAAGGUCAUGUCUGUCUCCUUUCUCAACCUUGCAUAUGCCACCUCCUUGACCAAAUUUACUACAACUUUGGUCAUCCCAAGCAAGACUAAGCAUCGACUAGGCAACAGUUUCAACACAUGCUGGUGCGUGGUCUGGCAAGGCCUGCUGGAUCUCCUGGUUGCCAACCAUUUCAACCCCUCGCCCUGUUCCCAUCCUGACCCGUGUCCUGGGACACCUCCAUUGCUUGAUUUUAAUCAGAUUUUCCAGUUGGCAUAUACACGGAGGCCGUUUGGUCUAGCCAUAUUUGAGGAUGAUGUGUACUGGUCUGAUGUAGAGUUGAGAAGUAUUCAAAAAGCUGAUAAGAGACUUGGAAAGAACAGGACUGUACUAUUGAAACAUGGUCAACCAUAUAGCUUGAAGCACUUUUAUCUGCAGGUGAUGCAUGAAGUGCUGCAACCAACUACUGUAAAUCCUUGUGAACAAAUGGGCUGUUCGCAUUUCUGUUUGUUGGGCCCUGGGAUGAAGGGCAGUUGUCACUGUGGGCCAGAAAUGCUUCUGGCAGAUGAUGGCUUAACCUGUGUAAAAUCAGAUGAACCUUCCCUCUUGAUGAUUUCUCCCACAGUCCUUGCACAGGUGAGAUGUUCUUGUAGGCUGAACAAGCAAAAGAAUGAAUCUUCAAACCGCUGCAUCGAGCUGAUCGAGGGUCUUGAUGUGUAUCUGAAACAUCAAGAUAAAUUGAAGGUUUUACCAGAACACUUAAACCACCAGCUGUUGAACAUGCAAGUGACUUCUGCUGAUUACAUCUGGAAAGACAACAUGGUUUACUUUGCAAAUUCUGAAGGCUUUAUUGGACAACUAGUAAUGGGGUCUAACAUUGCUUCAUGGCAGAAGAUUCUCCAGGUUGACAGUGAGAUCACCUCUUUAACAGUGGACUGGUUGGGCCAAAAUCUCUAUUUUAUCACAAGCAGACCUUGUGCAAUAGAAGUGACAUCUAUAAAUGAUCUUCAUCGACUUGUGUUAAUAGCAAAUCUCAGUCAUUCAACUUCCCUUGCAUUACAUCCACCUUCAGGCAUCAUGUGUUUCUCUGAAUGGGGGUCCAAAGACGAAGGAGAUGGUCCAAGGAUUGAAUGUUCUCUUAUGGAUGGACAGAAACGUAGAGUUGUUUGGAAAAGGUGUCGCCUUCCCACUGAUCUGAUCAUUACAGAAUCUGGCGAUCGGCUUUAUUGGAUUGAUUUGGGUCGUAGGGUUAUUAACAGUGUUCUCCUGGAUGGUUCUGAAUUUAAAGAAGUUAAAACAAACCUUGAUGAGCGUUCUGUGUUUGCAUAUGGGGAGAGCACACUGUUCUGGACAACUGUGGAUAAUGGUGACACAAAACUAUGGUACAGUGCAAUGGAGCAUGAACAGCAAUGGUUUGAAAUAGAGCGGAAGAUUGUUGGCCUUAAAAUAUACCACAGACAACAAGGAAGUAAUUUCUGUUCGGAGGAGAAUGGGGGCUGCAGCCAUUUGUGCCUAGCACGCCCUGGAGGUAGAACAUGUAGAUGUGCCACAGGAUAUCACCUUGACAGUGAUGCUUGUGAAGCUAUGCAAUGCCCACAGCAGACUUUGCCAUGCCUUGACAGAUCCAGUUGCAUCUUGAAUGAACAAGUGUGCGAUGGUGAAAAGCACUGUCGUGAUGGAUCAGAUGAAAUCAAAUGUGAUGUGAUGGGGAAGGAAACUGUGGACACAAGCAGCAUCUUUCCCAAUAUUGCAACACUAAACACUUAUUUCUCUCAAAUAACCACUUCAAGAAGGCUUCCAGUCAGUCCCACAACCUUCAGAGGAAGCUGGUUUCCUCACACAGAUGCUGAUGCAGUCGCAUCUAGUUAUGGAGUCUCUCUGCAUGAUGCAAUGACACCAAGUCCCGUUGCAAACAAGACUGAUGGAGAUUUCAAUGCAACUGAAGCAGGAAGAUCCAAGUCAUGUACACCAGAAGGGUGCAACAUGCAUGGGGAAUGCUAUGUAGUUGAUGACUUAAUGAUGUGUAAAUGCCAAGAAGGCUACACUGGAAGCUUCUGUGAGGAUCUGGUGGGCCCAGAAAUAGGCAUUGCUAUUGUUCUGGGGAUACUUGCUGUGGUACUGCUGUUUGCUAUUACAGCAUUCAUCUUGAAAAGAAGAGCUGGGAAAAGGAGAGAUCAUGCCAACUUGCAAUUUACUGCAGCAGGACGCGACGAUCAGAUCAGGAUGGAUGAAGCCUAUGUCGAAGUACUAGAGGAACCACCUAAAUCUAGUUGAAGCACCAGAAAAACUUUUAGUCAGAUGGAUUGAAAUUUAUAUUUUAAAGAAAUAAACAGUUGCAACAUGUUAGUUGAUUUCAUUAUUGACAAUCUGGCCUUCGUAUUUUAAAGCUCAUUGCAAGUACUUUGGUAUAAUUUGAACGUACUACACAUUUGACACCAGUUCCAGAUGCCUUCAACAACUGGGUGGUAUUUGAACCAUUUACUCUUAUACAUCUUUUAUCUAGUUCAAAACUUGGCAAGCU